AUGAACCCUGAGUGGCCUUGGAUAUUGCACUCUGUCUGCAUUAUAAUGGUCUCUCUCCCUGCAUACGACUAUCUCUUCAAGCUCCUUCUUAUCGGAGAUUCCGGUGUUGGAAAAUCUUGCUUGCUACUUCGGUUUGCAGACGACACCUACACAGAGAGCUAUAUCUCCACUAUUGGUGUUGAUUUUAAAAUCCGAACAAUCGAACUUGAUGGCAAGACAGUGAAGCUUCAGAUUUGGGACACUGCGGGCCAGGAGCGGUUCCGCACCAUCACGUCGUCUUACUAUCGAGGUGCUCAUGGUAUCUGUGUCGUGUAUGAUGUUACUGAUAUGGAUUCCUUCAACAAUGUGAAGCAGUGGCUCCAGGAGAUCGAUCGCUAUGCCACUGAGGGUGUCAACAAGCUGCUUGUGGGUAACAAGAGUGACAUGGAAGAUAAAAAGGUCGUGGAGUACACGGUGGCAAAGGUAUGCUCCUCUCUUUACCUUUUCCCCUAUUCUUUGGAACAGACAACUUCUGCCUUUCCGCAGUCGGCACGGAGGCUAAUUCGUUAUAUUGAGUUCGCUGAUAGCCUUGGAAUACCAUUCCUGGAGACCUCUGCUAAGAAUGCCUCGAACGUCGAGCAAGCCUUCUUGACAAUGGCAAGGCAGAUCAAGGAGCGUAUGGGUACCGCCACUGUCAACAACAAGCCGACUGUGCAGGUUGGCCAGGGCCAGGGUGUCCAGUCUGGGUCCGCAGGUGGUUGCUGCUAA